CCGCAACCGAAGGGGCCAUGUGAACAGUGGGUUUCUUUCCUGUUUUCGGUGAUGGUUUCUUAAAGAUGAAGAAAGAAAAGUCAAGAAGCUCUCCGGCAACUCACUUGUAGUCUUAGGGUUGGUCAUUGUGCAGGGAGUUGUGAGAGGUAAGGGAAUUCUGCCACCAGGGCUGUUGGGUGGGGCUGCGGCCGCUCUGGCGGGGUACGGUACUGGGUGGGCUGCUUUGGAAUUUGUCAGGACCACAUGGGCACGUGGAAACUUCUGUGAGCGUCCUCCAACAGAUACCUUCUUAAUCAGUUCACAAGGACUUUGGGCCAGGCUGCUUGUGUGUGCUCUUGCUGGGUGCUCCCACUGCACACAGCAUGACUGUCCCCUACCUACACAUGGGUGCCCUUAGGGUUUAGCAUUUGCUUCUGUCUCCCUGGGUGAUAGCGUGAAUGCCAGGCUGUGGUGCCCACUGGGAGGCAGCACCAGCAAGACAAAUCAAGGGGACAAUGCCACGGGAUGGUGACUGUCCCAUGUGGAUGAAGCGAGGGGAUGCCACAGGAUGGUGACCGUCUCUUCCACGUGGACGAAGCAAGGGGACAACGUGGGAUGGUGACCGUCUGUCCCACAUGGACAAAGUGAGGGGAUGCCACGGGACGGUGACCGUCUGUCCCACGUGGAUGUGGGCACCAAGUGGCAGUGUAGGCAAGCUCCUCCGUGCUGGCUCCAAAGGUUGUUAGAUUGAGCAUUUUAAAAUUCAAAGGUCUUUCUAGAUUGGUCCUCGUCUUUUGUUGUUGUUGGGGAAAUGAAUUUCGAAUCCUCCUUUAACAUUUAGUGCCUUUAUAGGAAAUUGUGAUCAUGACCUGUAAUUCCUCUUGUAAUUGAAAUUCAAGAUAUUCACCUGUGACAUUAUGGCUGCUGCUGCAUGGUUGCCUGAGAUAGAUGAUGUGAAGACGAGUAAUUAUGCACAAGGGUGAUAUGGCUCACUUCCUCAGGCCAGUAAAGAAAUAACGCCUGCUAUGAUCUCAGGGUUUUACAGCCCCCAAGUCCAUAUGUUAAAACCCAGUCUCAAGGCCAGGGUGUUAGGAGGGGCGUGGGAGGUGGUGACGUCGUGAGGACUCCAUCCUCAUGAAUGGAAUCAGGGCCCUUACCCAGGUGGGUUGUGGGAGCUGCAGGAGAUGCAGCAAGCCGGCGCCCACUGACCUGCAGCCAAAUCGCUGGCACCGUGGCUGGACGCCUGCCUCCAGAACUGUGAGGAAGGGACGUCUGUUCCUGAGUCACCCACGCUAUGGAGUUUCUUUAGAGCAGCCCAGGCCGACUAAGCUGCCCAGCGUGUGGACAUAGACCCCCAGAUCCCUGCGUGUGUUCCAGCCCCAGAUUGUGCCAUCGCAGCCAGUGCCAGGCACCUCCCAGGGGCCAACCAAUAAGUCACACAAACCGCAGUGACACUGACGCCCACUCAAACCAGACAACUGAGCGGGGCGUCACUCUCACAGUAACAACAAAUGUCAGGGAAAGACUAAAAACCAGAAAAUUACUCCUCAUGGGCAUCAUAUCCCUGGCUGUCCCCUAUUCUCUGUUUUUUUGUGUGUGUAAUUUUGCCUAGUUUGUCUUAAUAUAUGCACAAGUUUAUAUACUGUUCUUUUCACAUGAGAUUUCAUCACUGAGAAUUUAUCUGUCACGUUGUUAUAAAUCUUCAUCAUUUUAUGUAAGAUUUUUUCCCCUCCUCUGUGGACCGGCUCUUCUGGGUGAGUUCUACAACCAGGAUGGUUGGGUGAGGGAGUGGUUCCUGACCCCCAGGAUUGUGAGGGCCGCACGCCCCAUGGCCUGCUCCCUGGGAGGGUGACGGAUUUGCCUCCCGCUUCCCACACAAGGUGCACACAGCGGGCACAGCCCGGUGACCGGCACGUCUGAUUCCUGAAGGCGGCAGUCCAGGAUGUGCCGGUGAUGUUUCUUCUUCUCCUGUGCCAUCUUCCAUACGUUGAUCUAGUGCCCGUGCAAAUGUUUCUCAUUUGGGGCUUCCUUCUCCAGGUCUCUCUCUAAAGCUGGGGUUCUUUAGGUUGGCUGUUUCACACGUCUUGCUUAUCCUUUCUUGAGGUGCAUCAACGUUUGCUGGUCAGAGUACACGAGCCCCAGUGAGGAUGAGCAUGUGGAAGGCUGGGGUCUGUUUAAAUGCUUGGCUGGAGGAGGUUUGGGCUAAAAGCAGAGGGGUCCCAGGUUUUAGCCGGGCCACACCCUUGCCGCCCGUCACACCAGCAGGCAGGGCAUGGGUCACCGCAAUCAGAUUCCACAUUCAUGAGGCCUCGUGUGGCAAAAGAUAAAGCAGGUGACGAGAAUGCCAUGUUUCUUUAUCAGCCUGAAAGCUGAAGGGAGCCUGGUAGCUGCUCGCAGAUUCAGCAGAACAUCCAUACAGACAGACAUCUGCAGGCUGCUGAGCCGCUUAGACAGCAGAGCAAGGAGCCUGCUGGUGGGCGCUUGGCUGCGGAGGGCCUCGAGCACGGGUCCUCCUGCAGUGAGACCAGCUAGGUUUGCCGAGCCUCACCGGGCCCUGUCUGGUGCCUUCUCCGUUUCAAGCUCUGCUUUCUAUGCUAAAGUUCCAGUAUUCCAGUGUGUCCAAGAGAUGUUGGCCAAAACCAGACGAAGACAUCACAGGAAAACUGCAGACCAGUAUCCCUUUGAACAUGGAUGCAGAAACUCUCAACGGAACACGGGCCCUCGAGCCCAGCAACACGGGAGGGGGACUGCGUCCAAGCUGUGGUUCAGGAAGGCUGAGCUUUGCUUCGUCGUGGCUGGCAGGAUCUGUAGAGAUGACCUGGGUCAGCUUUUCUACAAGCUUUUUAGACCCCGAGAAGAAGCUUUUUUCUCAUCGAAUAUUAUCAAGGGAUGAAUGCAUUGACCCAUUUUCUAAAACGGGAAACCUUAGAAAUCUCUUUCCUUGUGGAGACUCAAUGGUUUGCAUUAUUGAUGAUCGAGAAGAUGUCUGGAAGUUUGCCCCCAAUCUGAUAACUGUGAAGAAAUAUGUAUACUUCCAAGGUACGGGUGAUAUGAAUGCACCCCCUGGGUCGCGAGAAUCUCAGAUGAGAAAGAAAGUAAAUCAUUCUUCUCGAGGCACUGAGGUCUCAGAGCAAGCUCCGCCUAUGAGAGACCCCGAGGGGGGAACGCAGGCCCCUGGAGAGGAGCCCAGCAAUGGCCUGGAGAAGCCUGCACGGGAGCUGAACGGCAGUGAGGCCGCCGCCCCCCGGGACCCGCCCCGCCCCGGGAAGCCGGACGAGAGGGACACCUGGCCCCCUGCCCAGGCCCCCACCAGCAGCCGAGAGCUGGCAGGCGCUCCUGAGCCCCAGGGAUCCUGUGUGCAGGGUGGCCAGGUGGCACCGGGACAGCGGCCUGCCCAGGGUGCCACGGGCACUGACCUGGACUUCGACUUAUCCAGCGACAGUGAGAGCAGCAGUGAGUCUGAGGGCACAAAGUCCUCCUCCUCCGCCUCUGAUGGCGAAAGCGAGGGGAGGAGAGGCCGGCAGAAGCUGAAGGCCACCCCAGAGGGAGCCGGGGCGCUGGCACAGGGCAGUUCCCUGGAGCCGGGGCAGCCUGCAGCACCGAGUCUCCCCGGAGAGGCCGAGCCUGGCGCGCAUGCCUCGGACAAGGGACCCGAGCUGGGUGGGCAGGAGGAGGGCGAGCGGGAUGGCCUCUGCGGCCUGGGCAACGGCUGUGCCGACAGGAAGGAGGCAGAGACUGAGUCACAGAACAGCGAGCUGUCGGGGGUCACCGCGGGCGAGUCCCUGGACCAGAGCGUGGAGGAGGAGGAGGAGGAGGACACGGACGAGGAUGACCACCUCAUCUACCUGGAGGAGAUCCUGGUCCGUGUGCACACCGACUACUACGCCAAGUACGACCGCUACCUCAGCAAGGAGAUCGAGGAGGCGCCGGACAUCCGCAAGAUCGUGCCGGAGCUCAAGAGCAAGGUGCUGGCAGACGUGGCCAUAAUUUUCAGUGGGCUACACCCGACAAACUUCCCAAUAGAGAAGACGCGGGAGCAUUACCACGCCACGGCGCUGGGAGCGAAGAUCCUCACUCGGCUGGUGCUGAGCCCCGACGCCCCUGACAGGGCCACGCACCUGAUUGCCGCGCGGGCUGGCACAGAGAAGGUGCUGCAGGCGCAGGAGUGCGGACACCUGCACGUGGUCAACCCUGACUGGCUGUGGAGCUGCCUGGAGCGCUGGGACAAGGUGGAGGAGCAGCUCUUCCCGCUCAGGGACGAUCACACCAAGGCACAGAGGGAGAACAGCCCCACGGCCUUUCCCGACCGGGAGGGUGUGCCCCUCACCGCCUUGUUCCACCCGAUGCCGGUUCUUCCCAAGGCCCAGCCUGGCCCCGAGGUUCGGAUCUACGACUCCAACACAGGGAAGCUCAUCAGGACGGGUGCCCGGGGGCCCCCAGCGCCCCCCAGCUCCCUACCCAUCCGCCAGGAGCCCUCUUCCUUCAGAGCGGUUCCGCCACCCCAGCCGCAGAUGUUUGGCGAAGAGCUGCCUGACGCUCAGGACGGAGAGCAGCCUGGCCCUUCUAGAAGAAAGCGACAGCCCAGUAUGUCUGAGACAAUGCCGCUGUACACUCUUUGUAAGGAGGAUUUAGAGAGUAUGGACAAAGAGGUGGACGACAUCCUCGGAGAAGGCAGUGACGACAGCGACAGCGAGAAGAGGAGGCCUGAGGAGCAGGAGGAGGAGCCCCAGCCCCGGAAGCCAGGGACCCGCAGGGAGCAGACGCUCGGGGCACCGGCGUCCAGCGAGAGGAGCGCAGCAGGCGGCCAGGGGCCCAGAGGCCACAAGAGGAAGCUGAACGAAGAGGACGCCGCCAGUGAGUCCAGCAGGGAGUCCAGCAACGAGGACGAGGGCAGCAGCUCCGAGGCCGACGAGAUGGCCAAGGCGCUGGAGGCGGAGCUCAAGGACCUCAUGUGAGCGCGGGCGGCGGGCGGGGGCUGAAGCCUGGCCGGCCUCCAGCAGAACUCGGACGUCCCCGGACCAGCCCUCAGUCUCGGCCCACACUGCUUUCUCCCCAAAGGACAUGUAUAUUUGCAGAGCUCCACAUACAGAAACACAUUAUUUUGCAGAAAUAGGUGUUUUUAAGAAGUUUUACUACAGGAAUGUCUACUUUUGUAAGUGACAGGUGUUAAAGG